UAUCAAUUCUUCAUUACAUACGACAAGAAUAUUCCUAUUCUUGAAGCUGUAUUCAAUUGCUUGGAGCUGUUCCUCACAAUAAUAGCAUUUAUUAUCUCGUGUUUAACCACAAGAUAUUCCGAGUUCGAGGUCUUGGGAACAGAAUGUGAGGCCAAGUGUCCAAUGAAUGACUUCAAUAUCUUCUCCAAAAUAUUCAUCUUUUGGAUGAAAACAAUCCUAAAACAGGGCUACAAAUCGACGGCAGAUUUGGCCCAAUAUUUGCUUCCGAUCUGCGAUUAUAUGAAAUCCCUUCACGCGUUCAAUGCGUUUGAAUCGGCGAACAGGAAAUACAACUCAAAUAAACUAAAACCCAAAACAGAGAUCACUUUAUUCCCAUUACUCGUGUGGACGGCGUGGACUCCCUAUCUGUUUGGGUCGCUUAUGGAGCUGAUCCACGUGUGCGUCGACUUAAGUCAGCCCUUUAUUCUCUCCAAACUAAUAGACUUCGUGUCGGACACCGAGCAUCUGUGGCACGGGUUAUGUUAUGCCGUGGCCUACAGUCUUAUUAAUCUGAUUUCCCAACUGCUUGAAUGUCACUCCAAUUUGUUCAUAAAUAUGGCUUAUUAUAGGACGUCAUCAGCGCUCAUAUCAGCUCUCUAUCAGAAAAUGUUAAGACUUAGUCAAUUGGGUCCGUCAUCGCUGACACUGUUGGCGGUGAUGCUAAUCGUGGGUCCGUUCACCACAUUCGUGAUGACACGUAUCGACACAUUGCAGACCAAACAGAUGCAGUUGAAAGACAAACGUAUGGAACAAAUCAGUGAAGUAUUAAGUAAUAUAAAACUCCUGAAACUGUUUGGUUGGGAGAAGCCGUUCAUCGAUAGGAUCUCAGAGACCAGACGCCAAGAGUUGCAUACUUUGAAACUGAAGAACUAUUUUUGGUCGUGUAUUGAUGUGCUCUGGAUUGUCGUGCCCUUCAUUAUCGCCGGCAUCACAUUCACUAUAUUUAUCUAUACAUCUGGUCAGCCAUUCACCGCAAAAACGGCUUUUGUUUCGCUAUCUGUUUAUAUCUCAUUGAAGGCACCGAUGGGAAGUUGA